AUGAGUUAUAGAUCUUCCAGAGGACAAAAUAUAAUAAAUUUGGCUUUAAAGGUAUCAAAAGCAGAAAAUGAGAUGGAAUCUUCAAGCAAUGAUCAAGAUAAUGAGUAUGAUGGCUAUGAUUCUGACGUAGAUCCAGAAUUCAGAUUAGCGGAUGAAUUUCAAACUAAUAUAAGACAUAUUGAAGAACAAUAUCAGGAAGGUGAUGAUGUAGCUUUGAAAAUCAAAGAAGAAAUGCUAGAACAGGUAAUACACUCUACUCCAGUCAAUACAGGCAAAACUGUUGAGAAAAAAGAAUUCAAAGAUUUUAAUUGCUCUUGUAAAAUGAAUUGCUACGUGAAAGUAACGACCAAUGAUAGAGAAGAACAAUUUAACAGGUAUUGGGAGUUGGGAGAUUACAAUGCUCAAACAGCCUUCAUUGGUGCAUUGGUUCAUGAAGGCAAUAAAAACCGAAGUUACGGUGAGACAAAUUCUAAUCGUACAUAUUCAAGGAAAUACAUGUUAAAUAAAAUACAGGUAUGUCGCAACUUAUUUAUUAAUACUUUGGGAAUUUCUAUUAAGCGUGUUAAUACUGCAAUGAAAAAACUUAGAUCCUCUACAUUGACAGACAAAAGAGGACAAAAACAGGGUGGAAAAAAUAAAAUUUCACAAGAACGAAAACAAGAAAUAAUUAAUCAAAUUGACAGGAUUCCAAAAUAUGUGAGCCAUUAUCGCAGAUUGCAGUGUGGUGAUGCACAAUUUUUGCCCCCGGAAAUGACACUAAAACUAAUGUAUAAUAAAUACAAAGAAGAUACUAAUAAUCCUGUUAGCUUUGUCGUGUACAGAUGUAUCUUCAUGGCCGAGUUUAAUUUAAAAUUUAAGAGUCUCAAAAAAGACACCUGUACCACCUGCGAUUCUUAUCAGGCAAAAAUAGAUAGCACUCAAGAUAAUGAAGUAAAAGUAAUGUUAGUAAAUAAACAUGAUACUCAUAUCAAACAUUGGCCAGAAGCCAGAGCAAAAAUGAAACAAGAUUUAGAUACUGCUACUAGAUAA